CUGCGUUUGGAUAACUGUGUUUUGUUUUCUCGUCAGAUAUCAAUGAAUGCGUCGACGAAGACUUUUACAACUGUACAGAUGAGUUUCACAUGUGCGUCAACACUCGCGGCUCUUACAAGUGUGAAUGUGAACAAGAUCUGUAUUUCAUUGAUGGCAAAUGCAGAGGCCUGGAGAAGAAUGAGACAGCCCCCAAGCCAGUGUUACCCGAACCGCGUGUGCCAUCAAAGAAAGAGAGGGAAGAAGCUGUGCAGUUCGUAAUUCCACUCACAAGCGAUUUUGAAUGGGAUUUCGAAAAGGACAAGUCAUUCAAAGACAAAAUGGCAUCUGUAACAACGGAUUUCUGCACUGAGAACAGGACAAGAUGUGUUCUAAAUGACGCUGGGGGAAAAAGGUGAUCACUGAUUUUUUCCUGAAUCUCAGAACUACUAAAGGGGUCCACUUUUGAAUAGAACCCAUUCCAGGGGGUGGGGGAUACCUAAACAAAGUUUUCUAGGAGGAAGAUAUCUUUGGCAAAUAAGGUAACCCGUUUUUAGCCGACAUAGAAUAUAGUGCCUCUUUAAUAAACUUGUAAACGUUUUGAUUGAGUAACCCCUUAAGAUAUCCUCGUGCAUCUGUUGUGGGGUAAAUAUGCUGGCUUUUUACUUAAACUUGCAAAAUCCCUUUCGUUUCGCAUACCUUCGUCUUGAAAAAGGUACUUCUUUCGGAAGUGUGCAUUUGUGCAUUUUAUGUUUUUUUUUUUUUUCCUUUAUUUGUUUUACUUUGUUAUAAACUAUUACGUGAGGGCAUUUGUCCCUCCUAAGGCCAGAUAAAUGCCACGAAAUAUAUAUAUAUAUAUAUAAAUGAGGCAGUUAGUUGUAAUUAUUUCCCUGCUCAUCCUAUUCAAUUAUUCCAUAUUCGGGGGGAAAUUUACAGUGUGAUCAACUUGAGCGGAGUGUCGCGAUCCUAACUGCAGAAAAUGUGUGAUUCUCCCCAGAACCUGCUACUUAAAGGUCCUUCUAAUUCCGCUGAAUGGCGGGGUUGGUUCAGUGGCCUAGUGGUAAGGCAUCUGACCAUGAGAAGACGCACACGGCUUGUACUGUAAGUAUCCCGGAGAGCUCCAUACAAUUCCUUAUA